UCGCCCGCCCGCUUUAACGUUUCUUCUUACGGGACAAUCGUGAACAUUACGGGGGUGCUGGAUACCGGGAGGACGGCAUGGGAGAGCUCACGGCGUUUCUGCUGUUACUGGUGGCGACCUUGACGCUUUCAUCCGAGGUGCCGGCUGAUGACUCUGUGGGUUUGCUAACUGAGCCCCAGGUGGCCAUGUUCUGCGGGAAGCUCAACAUGCACAUCAAUGUGCAGAGUGGCAAGUGGGAGUCAGACCCGUCUGGCACCAAGAGCUGCAUUGGCACCAAGGAGGGCAUCCUGCAGUACUGCCAAGAGGUGUACCCGGAGUUGCAGAUCACAAAUGUCGUGGAGGCCAACCAGCCCAUCAGCAUCCAGAACUGGUGCAAGAAAGGCCGCAAGCAAUGCCGCAGUCACACGCACAUUGUGGUGCCAUACCGCUGCCUGGUUGGGGAGUUUGUGAGCGACGCCUUGCUUGUUCCUGACAAGUGUAAGUUCCUGCACCAGGAGCGUAUGGACCAGUGUGAGAGCCACCUGCACUGGCACACCGUAGCCAAAGAGUCCUGCGGAGACCGCUCCAUGAACCUCCACGACUAUGGGAUGCUGCUGCCAUGUGGUAUCGACCGCUUCCGAGGGGUGGAGUUUGUCUGCUGCCCUGCUGAGGCGGAGCGAGAGUCGGACAGCGCGGAGCUUGAGGGGGAGGAGUCAGACGUCUGGUGGGGCGGAGCUGAGGCUGAAUACUCUGAUAACAGCAUGACGCGUGCGGCAGACACAGAGCCCGCCACCAUGGAGGACGACGAAGACGAGGACGAAGAGGCUGACGCUUUCGAAAGAGAUGAGAACGGAGAUGGCGAUGAAGACGACGAAGAGGACGAGGAGGACGACAUGACUGACGAACGGGACAGCGAUGAGCGCAGUGCUAACGUUGCCAUGACGACAACCACCACCACCACAACAGAAUCAGUUGAGGAGGUCGUUCGAGCCGUGUGUUGGGCUCGGGCUGUGUCCGGCCCGUGUCAUGCCAUGCUGGAGCGUUGGUACUUUGUCCCCGAGAAGCGCCGCUGUGCUCCCUUCUUGUUUGGGGGCUGCGGAGGCAACAGGAAUAACUUUGAUUCGGAGGAGUACUGCAUGGCCGUCUGCAGCAGCUCGUUGCCCACCAUGGCCCCAAGCCCUCCAGACGCCGUGGAUCGGUACCUCGAGUCUCCCGGCGAAGACAACGAACACACCGACUUCCAGAAGGCCAAGGAAAGCCUGGAGGCCAGACAUCGUGAAAGGAUGUCUGAGGUGAUGAGGGAGUGGGAAGAGGCUGAGAGACAGGCCAAAAACCUUCCACGUGCUGAUAAGAAAGCUGUCAUCCAGCACUUCCAGGAGAAGGUGGAGGCUCUGGAGCAGGAGGCAGCAGGAGAGAGGCAGCAGCUGGUGGAGACCCACAUGGCCCGGGUGGAGGCUCUGCUCAACAGCCGCAGACGCCUGGCUCUGGAAAAUUACCUCAGCGCCCUACAGGCCAACCCUCCACGGGCUCGUCAGGUGCUGACCCUGCUGAAGAAGUAUGUCCGUGCAGAGCAGAAGGACAGGCAGCACACGCUGAAACACUACGAGCAUGUACGCACAGUCGACCCCAAGAAGGCUGCGCAGAUCAGACCUCAGGUUUUGACCCACCUACGUGUGAUCGAUGAGAGGAUGAAUCAGUCAAUUGGUCUGCUCUACAAGGUGCCCAGCGUGGCCAAUGAGAUCCAAAACCAAGUCGCUGUUAUAGUGCAGAGAGUUCAAGCGGAGCUGUCUCAGCAAGUCUCUUCCCUGCAGAGCGAUGGGCGGGUGGAUGGCAGGGUGAGUUACGGUAAUGACGCUCUGAUGCCUGAUCAGGCCUACAGCUCUGCUCCGAUGGACCCUGGCCUUGACGGACUGGGCUUCAUCCACCCUGAGAGCUUCAACCAACCCAACACGGAGAACCACGUUGAGCCUGUUGAUGCUCGUCCAAACCCGGAUAGAGGACUCCCCACACGACCAGUAUCAGCCCUGAAGCCAGAGGAGAUGCCAGAAGUGCGGAUGGAGACUGAGGAGGGGCAGGGUGCUGGUUACGCAGUUUACCAUCAGAAGCUGGUGUUUUUCGCUGACGAUGUGGGGUCCAAUAAGGGUGCCAUUAUUGGACUCAUGGUCGGAGGGGUUGUCAUAGCAACUGUCAUCGUCAUUACCUUGGUGAUGCUGAGGAAGAAGCAGUACACCUCUAUUCAUCACGGUGUGAUCGAGGUGGAUGCAGCCGUGACACCGGAGGAGCGCCAUCUGGCCAGGAUGCAGCAGAACGGCUAUGAGAACCCCACCUACAAAUUCUUUGAGCAGAUGCAGAACUAAAGAACUGCCUGUCAACAUUUCCUUCAGGCGCACCCCGACCCCACACUGCCCCCUCAGCCCAUACACCCUCAGUUUCCCACCCCACUGAGGGGGAAGAAAAUAUGUGAACAUACUACACUUUACUUGCAAAUUGGUCAGACAAGGGUACCCUGCUUCACCUGCACAUUUCAGUCACAAGAAAAACUUCAUAGAGUUUGUUGUGCCGACAAACCGACACCCUGUUGAAGAUUUAUAUGAAGUCACCGCGGUCGCAGCUGAGACCAGAAACAUGCAGUUUAAUUCCCAGUCACUCCCUCAUUCCUCCAAUCGUUUGUUCCAUCCUCCCCUCCAACCACCCCACACAUCCACACUCCCCUACUCUCCAAUGACAGCUGUGCUGCGUUUGAUGACAUGGUGGCUCUUAGAGCUGCCGGUGUGGGAGGAGGGGCUCUCAGAGCGCCUCUCCGCACGAUUAGAGGCCAAGUGUUUCAGGUUUGUUUUUCAAAAAAGAAGAAGGAAAAAAAACGCAGAAAAAUUCUACAACUAUCAAAAUAUGUAAAAGUUUGAAAAAUAUUGAAUGUUUUGUUUUCUGAUUUUUUUUUUUAAUGUGUAAUAUAUUAAGACAGAGAUUAGCUGUAAGUAUAUGUAGUGCAUGGCAAUAUUGAUGACAGAUACAGUAAACUGUAUGUUGAGGUCCUUGGGAGUGGUCCUCCUUCUAGAUAUUUUAGCAGGAUUGUACAUUUCUAGUGUCUUCUUUGUGAUCUUGUGAUAUGAAGAAGAAAAAAAAAAAAGAGUAUUCAGAAUCCGGUCUGCUUUGUUGUCACACAGACUUGCUUUAACUGAAUCUUGACUCGCUAUGCUCAUCUCCACGCUUCACUGUUGUGUUAGCUGCAUGGGCAAAAUGCUCUAUAUGUAAUAUAUGAAGUGUUAUAGUAUCCGAAAGGAAGAUAAUUUUGUUACUGUUUGCGUUCUAUGCACUCUGUCAUUUUGGAAGUCUGAUUAUUAUCACAGAAUAUAUUUGCCGUCGUGUCCCUGAUGCCGAUUCACACAUCGCUGCACAUGUUGGGGUUUCAUUAGUGAGGUCAAACUUCAGAAAGUGUAUCAUUCCAGAUUUAUCAUUCCAGUCUCUCUCACUUGUAAAUAUUUGGAAGAUGGAGAUCUAGCUCUUAGUGGCCCACUUUCAUUAUCAAACAGCACCUCUGUUUUUCCCCUUUGUUCGUGUCCUCUUCAGUCUUUUGUUCCACCCCCACUUGUCCUGUUUAUCCUCUCUUUCUGGCUGUGUCAGCAAUAUUGUACAGUGCAGCACUUGGGAGUAUUUGAUAAACAGACGGGACUUUUGGGUCUACAAAGACCUCUUCAUCUACUCUCCACAUACAUUCCUUCACCGAAUCUCACGAACACAUUCUAUUUUUCUACAUUUCCUGUGUAUACAUGUACAGUGCUUCUGUUAGUCCUGUGGUGGAGAUUUCUGCAUAUCUGUCUGUCGUCCAGACUCAUUAGUCCUCACGAUGAGGUAGAGAUUAACCAUAAACGUGGGGAGGACGACCACAAAUCACAUCAGCAUAGACACAUCUCCCUCUCCCUUAAGUUAUGAACGCCACCUCCAGUAAACAUGAAUGUGACAUGCAUAUUGUGCAUUUAAACCAUAGAGAUACAACACAUAUCACCUCUCUAUACAUUAUCUCCACGUGUACAUGAACACUAAAUGAAGCUCUUAAUCAGGUGAAUGUUUUAAAUUUGUAUUGAGGCUCACUGUGGGUGUCUUCAGAGGCUCGUGUUUCAAAAAAUAAAAAUGCUUCUUUUCUUUCAUUGA